AUGACCAGAGACAAUUCUGUUGAUGACACCACCAGUCUCCCCAAGACAGAGGUCGCAGGGAAGUUCAGUACAUCUCUAGGACUGCUGGAGCUGCACACCGACAUCUCUAGAGAAGAGAAGGUGGUUGAAGCAUCAGAAGUAGUAGAAUUUCAAAAAAUAGUGGGUAGCUUAAUUGAACUUGUUGAUCAACUAGCAAAAGCUGCUGAAAGUGAGAAGAUGAAGGCCAUUGGUGCACGAAAUUUGCUGAAGUCUAUAGCUAAGCAAAGAGAAGCUCAGGAACAGCAACUUCAGGCUUUAAUAGCUGAGAAAAAGAUGCAGUUGGAAAGAUACCGAAUAGAGUAUGAGACACUAUGUAAAAUAGAAGCUGACCAGCAUGAAUUCAUUGACCAAUUCAUUUUUCAAAAAUAAAGGAUUUUAAGAUAAACAGCAUACUGACCUGGGAACUUGACCAUUCCAGGAUCCUGAGGCUUUCAAAAAUAUGCAAUUUUUCAUUGUAUAUGAAUUAACAGAUGGCUUGUACAAAUGAAAAUGUUUUUUAAUACAAUUUGAAUUUACACUAAAAGUGGCAAUAAGGAAAGCUUUCUAACAGAUGUAAAUAAAGACAGUUCUGUCCUGUAGUUUUAUAAAAUGUUUGUACAGUCAGUAGUUCAAAUUCAGAUUACAAUUGAAUUAACGCUACUGUUGCUAUGUUAUGUCUCUCACUUUUUGAAGUGUGCAACUCUUUUAAAUAAAUCAGGAAAUAAAUUAUUGUUUUCAGACCUUC